AUGAUAGCCGAGAAAACCCCUGCCAACGCUUGGUUUUACACUCUGGAAGCCCAGGAAACUUGCUCGUGGACCUGGAAAAGGUGGAAAGAAGAACUGCUUCGAGAGUUCCGAGAUCCCCUAACCAAGUCCAAGCGCAAAACCGAAUAUGUGCGCUGCCACGCGAACCCCAAAGAAUUUCGCAGCUUUCUCGUGUUCAUUGACCACAAAACUCAUCUCUGGCGCCUCGCAUACGGCGACCGGGCAAACAUAGAAUGUCCCGCUGACCAGCAUUUCGACCUAAUAGUCGAACAAUUGCCCAGCGACAUCCAAAUCAUGGUCAAAUCCUGUAACGUCAUGAACCUGACCAAAUUAAAAGACUUCCUGCGCCUUUAUUUUGGCUCUGAUGACACCAGAAAACGAGACCCUUGCUACAGCGGUGCUGCUGAAGCUCAGAAGAAGUCACAAAAGACCGGAAUCGACAAAGGCCCUAAGCAGACGGCUCAACAUAAAACCAGAAACCCCGAAAAGGGUCGCGACGGCCCUCAGAAGAUGGUUCCGGACCCCAACACGGAACCACCGGCACCCUGCAAAUUCUGUCAGAAAAAGCAUUGGAAUGUUUUCUGCUGGCAGAACCCGAACCGAAAAGAUCCUGAAGAUGGAAAGAAGGGACCAUACGGAGCACCCAUGCCCGCAGGUUGGAAACCCAAACAGGAGUCCAAGAAGUCGUACAUAGUGGAGCUGGACUCGAUGUCCGCUACCACCGAGACUCUUUUUUCGGCUUCGGAACUGGAAAGAACGGAAGCCGCUAAUCAAGGAUUCCACACCAUCGGAUUCUUUCAUUCACCCGAGCACUCGGAAUCAACAAUUUUGAUGACCGCACCUCUUUCCGAGGUCACGGUGACCAAGGAAGAGGACCCCCGCACGCCCACGCAGGGCUGGGACCAAGUCUGGGACAACAUAGCCAUCAUCUGGGGCACCCCGCAAGUGGCUCUGAUGAUGGGCAACAACCCCCGCGCGCUCAGCUUCUUCGCCAAAGAACCGAAGCGAGGCGCCGGGCACCUCGGGAACGACCCCUACGCAGUCGCGUGGAGUUCCCACCACCUCUACAUCGCUGCCGCAGCCGAAGCUGACAAGGAUCGAAUCCUGCGAAAAGUCUGA